AUGGUGGGCAGCGGCGGCCAGACCUGGACCCCUUAUGACGAGGAUGGCGGGCAGCGGCGGCCGGGGCGUGUCGGGGGGACUCUGCUGAUCGCGAUCGGAAAUGAAAAAGGAUUAGUACUGGUAGAUAUAGACCUGGAGGACAGGAAAUAUGGUGGUGUGCAGAGCACCAAAGGAUUAGCACGGUUGGAAAUAGGCCUGAAGGGCAAGAAGGAUCGCAGUGCAGAGAACACCGCCGCUGUCAUGGGUUCCAAGGAAGACACAGGUCAAAUGAUUGAAGAGUUUAUUUUUGCCAUCUCACAUUUCAGCAAUAUAACAUUUGAUAUCUAUCUCAUUGCAGUUAGUUUGGUUAAAUUUAUAGCCCGUGAGCAAUGGAUUUUGGCUGGUUUUACUAGUGGACUACUCUGCGUGUAUAAUUGUGAUUCACAAAGUAGAAUCCACGUUCUACAUGAACACUCAACAUCUAUCAAGUCUUUGGCUAUCCAUGGAACUAAGCCCUAUGUGCUAUCAGCAUCCUGUGAUGGUAAAAUUUUGCUAUGGGACUAUGGAAAAGACUGGCAAUUGAUAAAAACAUUUGAUGCCAAUAGUUGUCUUGAUAAAUGCGAUACUGUGCAGCAAGUUGCGUUUAACCCGAAGGACACUGAUAUGUUUGCCAGUGCCCAGGGCAAUACAGUAAAGUUUUGGAAUCUGCAUUCGGGUGAAUGUAAGCACAUAUUGUCUGGCCAUUCAGAUUCAGUGAUGUGUUUGGAUUACUUCAGUCUGGGUCAGAAGCUAUACUUGAUCACCGGUUCACAAGACAAAACUGCUAAGAUCUGGGACUGUGAGACACAGAGGUGUGUUCAUUCACUGAAAGGGCACAUGGAUGUUGUUAACAUUGCGUUUUGCCAUCGGGAUCUUCCAAUACUCAUUACAGGUUCAUGGGACGGGUCAGUUCGUUUAUGGGACUCCACCACCUUCCGGUAA